AUGUGCAACAGAAUUAAUUCCGAGAGUAAAAAGGGAACGAUCAAAACUGUCCAGGAAGUUGAAAAUAAAGUACUUUCGAAUCAAAGCAACCGUUCUGAAGUUUAUUUACAAACUUUGGUCGUAGGGGUAGCUGGGAAAACCUUAAAGGGUUAUUUAAGAUUGCUAAUAGACACCGGAAGUCAGAACACGUACAUAAGUCAAUAUGCUGCUAAAACGUUGAAAUUAGAAAAGAUAGGAACUGAAAGAAUUAAACAUGGGUUAUUUGGGGGUGUAGAAGUUUCGGAAGAUCAUAAUCGUUAUCAAAUAGAUUUAACUAGUUUGGAUGGAAAGUACAGGUGUAAAAUCGAAGCACUAGACCAGAGGAAAAUUUGUUCGUCACUACCUAAGAUCAAAGACGAAAAAUUAAUUAAAGUAAUGGAAAAAAGGGGAAUCCUUAUCAACGACAAUCAUGUGAAUGGAAAUCUCUGUCUGUUUCAAGAAAAUCCGGAAGAGAUUCAUAUGCUGUUAGGAGCGGACACCGCAGCACAAUUGUUCACUGAAAGAAUUGAACAUUUUGCGGGGGAUUACGUAGCCUUUGAGACCAAGUUAGGCUGGACUUUAAUGGGCAAGAUUAAAGAGAAUGCGAAUACGUCGAGUUCCCUGUCCGUUCUUUCUUUAUCCUUACAUGUUUCCGAUACAAAUUUGUCCAAUCUUUGGCGUUUAGACACCUUGGGGAUUUCAAGUGAGGAAAACAAAACGAAAAGUGUCUUGGAAGAAGAAACUCGAAAACAUUUCUUAAAAAGUGUAAAACGAGAUAGCUCAGGGAGAUAUGAAGUAACCUUACCCUUUAUUUUAGAUAAAUCCGUCUUAUCCAGUAACCGUACUAUGGCAGAAAGACACCUCGUCAAAACCGAAAGUAAACUAAUUAACACACGCAGAAGAAAAGAUUACGAAGAAAUAUUUGAUGAGUGGGAAGCGAAGGACAUUAUUGAGGUAGUAACUGAGGAAAAGGAGGAAGGAGUGCACUACUUGUCACACAGACCUGUAAUAAAAGAGUCUAGUGAAACUACAAAGAUACGGCCUGUUUUCAAUGCAUCUGCACGUUCUAAGAAUUCACCCUCUCUCUCAAUGAUUGUUUGA